AUGCUGCUCAAUCACACACCCCGCGCGAGUCUGCGCAUCGUCUCUUCCUCGACACAACAGGUCCGCCAUGCCUCGUUGAUCCGCCGCCCCAAGCGACCAUACACCUUCACCCAGCUCGUCACUCUCUCCGACGGCAGCACCUUUGUUCAGCGCACCACCAGCCCGCAACCCGUAUACCGUAGCACAAAGGACGUGCGCAACAACCCGCUCUGGAACCCCAGCAGUCAGAAGCUGUUGAACAUUGAAGAGGAUGAGGCUGGUCGUUUGAAGAGAUUCAGAGGUCGUUUCGGUCGCGGUUGGGAUGCUGAGGCUGUUGCUGAUGCUGAAGAG